UACUAAUUGUAAAUCAUUUAGAGUCAAUUAGGCGUUUUAACGGUCAUUUCAGUUUUCUUAUUGGAUGUAUAUUCGCAAUGGGAAACGGAAGUGUUGAAAUUUAACUUUUGACUCUUGGGAAUCCCCGAAUAUUCCCGCGCGGCGGGAAAAUCAAUACUUGCGCAACGUUAAGCGCACUGAGCGCAUGAGCCAGUAUUGCUCUUCUGUUCAAUACCUGCUCGACUCUCGGGCGUAUUGUACUACCUGCACUGGUGAAUAAUAUUUCAUCGAACAGUUUCAUUCACAGUAAAUCACUGAAAUUUAAUAUAAUCUCUGUAACUACCAGUGAAAAAUAUGUCUGGUAACAAGUGCGUGAAACCGCCUCGCAAGGCUUAUACAAAGGAACCACACGAGAUGACCCAUUCGGAGAAGCUGAGACUUAUUGACGAUGAGCUCAAUUCAUUUUACAAGUACUGCCAGCAGGCCGGCUUCACCGAGGAGGAGAUGGACAUUAUUUGCCAACCUCUAGUGGCCGCAAUGCGUAGAUCCUGGCUGCAGCUUGUUUUUCGAGCUACUCUGAUCCUUAUAUUGCUAGGAACAAUAGCCUGUCUUGCAGCUCAACUCGACUUUGUGGGCACCCACUUUUCAGCAAUUGGUCGUCUCCUGCUGAUCAAGGUUCUACCAAUCUGGAACUGGCAGCCCCUUUAUUAUGAAAACUAUCCAUGCGAUACACUGCUUCCUCUUCAGACAUGCGAGGCACUGGAGACUAUCGAUCGUCUAUCGGAUGUCCGUUACCGUCAGUUGGUCGACAACUACCUGAGCAGGGAUGCACCAGCUAUCAUCACCGAUGCCAUGGACUCCUGGGCGGUCAUGAAUACCGAUUACUUUUGGUUUGACAAUAUUACUCAUUUGUAUUUGGAGAACGAACGUUUGAUGGAGACGGUACCCUGCGCACUAACAUCUAAUCUACGUACCGGCUCCUCGGACCUCGCAGCGUUUCUGCGAAGAGUUCAUUCACCUGAGGUCGCCAAGUGGUUCGUGCAUUGGCAGAACUGCGACAUCAAUGCCGUCAAGGUUCUUAGAAAAUAUUACCAGAGACCUUACUUCCUCUCCAGCACGGUUUCGCCGGCUCACUUCAAUUGGGUCCUUAUGUCCUCGGACUACAACAGUCCCAGUUACAAGAAAGUGGAGUUGGACUCGGGGCUGAUUGCCCUUGCACAAUUGAGAGGUGCCACUCAGCUUAGACUGACUCCAAUAAAUCCUUGCAACAGUUCCUGCCCUGAGUUAAUCGCAGAUUUACAACAAGGCGAGAUGCUGGUCUUCACUAACCUGAUGUGGACCUUGGAGUAUGCCCCAAUGAGAGGCCUCGAUAAUAUAGCAAUCCUCACAGAAACUGUAUGGGAAGAGGACAUGUAGAAAAUAUCAUCUUCUCGAAAGGGAUAUACGUACCAUUUAGGUUUGUCUUUAAUGAUGCAUGCAUCACUCUACUCUUUAUAUAACAUUGUAUCCGUAAGAGUGAAAAUAUAUUGAAUCAGCUCAUUACAGAAAUUCUUGUCAAUUUUAUUCAGUGUACCCAGACCACUGUUAACUAAUCUCUACGAAAAGAGACCAUCGGCACCCUAUCUAACUGUAUACAGUGACUGAGAGUCUUAUAAUUAUUCGAAAAUGAAAAAGCUUUGAGAUUCUCUUGAAAAUAUUAAGCUCCCGAAUUGUCUUGCGUAAUACCUUUAUUUUCCUCUGAAUAAUAUUCUGAUAGUUACU